CAGCAGAGAGGCAGGCACAUCCGCCGCCAGAGGGAUCAAAUCUGUACCAUCUGACGCUCAAGGAUUUAUGGGUUUAGUCAAAAUUGCUUUUCCCACUGUGGAGAUUAAGCACAGUAGGAUGUUUUCCUCUCAGCGCGGAGAAUAGCCGGGUUGCUGCUGCCGUUUUCCUACGUCUUAUCGGCUCCUCCGGUGCUGGAGAAGGGAAUGUCUGAGGAGGGCAGAGUGCUGGAAACCCCGGUGGGAAGCGGAUUCUGACUGACAGGAGCGGUCCGGGGAAUGUGAGCCAUGCAGGCGGAAACGGUUCUGAUGCUUUUCUGUGUCUGGAUGGCAGGAACAGCGGCGAAGAUGGUUCAGCCAAGAGGUCACAAGCUGGAGCCCUACAAACAAACCAGGUCACGAAGAGACACCAGAAUGGAGGGAGGAGGUGGUCAGAAGUCUGGAAGUCCAAUUUACAAACGAAGCCCAGACCUGACGAAAAACCCGAUGACAAAAUCUGAGCAGCUGCUGAGAAUAGAUGAUCACGAUUUCACCAUGAGGCCGGCAUUUGGAGGUCCUCCAAUACCUGUUGGUGUUGAUGUUCAGGUGGAAAGUAUUGACACCAUCUCUGAGGUGGAUAUGGACUUCACCAUGACUUUGUAUCUGCGCCACUACUGGAAAGAUGAGCGGCUGUCGUUUCCCAGCACCAACAACCAGAGCAUGACUUUCGACAGUCGUCUGGUGAAGAAGAUUUGGGUUCCUGACAUGUUUUUUGUUCACUCUAAGCGCUCUUUCAUCCACGACACCACCACUGAUAAUGUCAUGUUGAGAGUUUACCCUGACGGUAACGUGCUCUACAGUCUCAGGGUCACAGUCACUGCCAUGUGCAACAUGGACCUGAGCCGCUUCCCCCUGGACACCCAGACCUGCUCACUGGAGAUUGAGAGCUAUGCGUACACAGAUGACGACCUGAUGCUGUACUGGAAGAAAGGAAACGAAUCUCUGAACACGGACGACAGAAUAUCUCUGUCCCAGUUCCUGAUCCAAAAGUUUCACACCACCACAAAGCUGGCGUUUUACAGCAGCACAGGCUGGUACAACCGUUUGUACAUCCACUUCACCCUGCGGCGCCACAUCUUCUUUUUCCUGCUGCAGACGUACUUCCCCGCCACGCUGAUGGUCAUGCUGUCCUGGGUUUCCUUCUGGAUCGAUCGCAGGGCCGUGCCUGCCAGGGUGCCACUCGGUAUCACUACAGUGCUGACCAUGUCCACCAUCAUCACCGGGGUCAACGCCUCCAUGCCUCGCGUGUCCUACAUCAAGGCUGUAGACAUUUACCUGUGGGUCAGCUUCGUCUUCGUCUUCCUCUCGGUGAUCGAGUACGCGGCGGUGAACUACCUCUCAACUGUGCAGGAGAGGAAAGAGAGGAAGCUGAGGGAGAGACUGCCAUGCACAUGUGGCAUCGGAAACCCCGACGACAUGAUGAUCGACCCACAGAUCACUGGCUACGGCUCCAUGGACGUCAACACCACGGGGAAUUAUGGGAUACCUGAGAACGGCGGGCGCCAGGAGCGAAUCCUGGCCCAAGUGGCGCUGAACGACCCUCAGAUCACGGGUCAGGUGAAGGCGUCCCGAAGCUACGUCAACAUCUGGAUUGACACCCACGCCAUAGACAAAUACUCUCGGGUCGUCUUCCCCGGCGCGUACAUCCUCUUCAACAUCAUUUACUGGUCCAUAUACUCGUAAACUGUGACGCUUUAAAUAGAACGCGAUUGGAUAGCCGUCGGGCUAGUUAGCCGGCUAGAUAGCCAGCAGGCUAGUUAGCUGGCCGGAUGGCUAGCGAGCUGGCGGGCUGUUUAGCCGACUGGCUAGCGCAGAAGCUAAACCGAAGCCCUGUCGGAGGAUAAACUGGGGAGCAACAACAGAUGGAAAACUUUUGCCUUCUUGCCCCAGCCACUUAAAACUGAUGAGAACACCGUUUUAUCACUCCGUCAAAUCCGUGUGCUUUUGCGUAUCUGGUGUCGAUGACGACGUUGGACUUUGUAAAAAAAAAAAGAAAAAAGAAGUGACAAAACCGCCAUUUAAAAAAAAUGUCCGCUCUGUAGGAAAAACUGGGCCUGACAAUCAACACAGACGUGGAAAGCCUCAGAAGAGCAAAGUGACGCUGUUUUCAGGUUUGUUGGCAAAAUCGACUCAUUUAAGGUGGAAAAACUUUAAAUGAGCUUCUGUUUCCAAGGUUUAAGGGAAUUUACCUGCUAAUACCUCUAAUUUAAACUUUCGUUUUUACUUAAUUCACAUUCAUGUGAAGUUUGUCAUGAUGCUACAUGUUGAAGUAUUUCUACUGGCGAUAUGGAGAUUUUCAGAUCCAACAAAAUAUUCUUGGGCCAUUGUAGAUGAGGUACAUUUUGGUCAAAAAACUCAGAAAUCUUUUAAUUAUUCUCAGAAGUUUUCUACAAAAGAUGGCAUUUAUGAGAUUUAAAAGAACUUGUUAGAAAUAUUUGACAUUUAGAAAGUUUGCAAGUUUGAAAAGUUAAAAAAUUAAAACUUUUGAAAUGUAGAAAUUUCUAAGUUUUGUUGAAAUUUUUUGUAGGAAAACAACUUUUUUCUUUUUUUAAAUGAGUUUUUUUUCUCAAAACAUUGUGAGAUUAGUCUAAAAAUUUCUGAGUAUUUCCAAACAGAUUUUGUUACAAGUUCAAGUUUUGUAUUCAGUUCUCAUGUUAGAUUUCCAGAUUUUCUGCAUCAUGACUCAGUUUAUGUUGCAUAAAUUUUUGAUCAGUGGAACUGUUUUAUUGCCAAUCUGUUUAGGUAUAAUGAAGGGUUGUAAAAUAUUUGCAUAAUAUAAGAGGUCAAUCCCAAACACUUGUUUUAGUAUUUUUUUAAACAUCUAUUUCCUGUUCAUUUUUUUAUACUGAAGCUGAUCUCCUAUGUUGUUGUUGUGAGGCUUUGAGGUUCACUGUGACCUGUUAGUUGAUAGUUUUAUCUUUUAUCAUAAAGUUUGAUGAAAUUAAAUAGAUAUCUACAGAUGAAGAUUAGAGCCACUGAAAAAAAAAAUCAGAUUUUUUUUCUCAGAAUUUACAUUUUAAAAUAUUAAAAUCAGAGUGCUGAAGGAAAAAAUCUUAUAAGAAAAUAGAGAAUUCUGAGGAAACAGAAUUCUUAGAAAAAAAUCUAAAUUUUGAGAAAAUUCAAAAAUCUUAAAAGUCAGAAAUAAAUUCAGAAUCCUUUCAUUUUUUCAGUCACCCUAAUCAUCUUCUGUAGAUAUUUAAUUUGUAAAAUGACCAAACGUACUCCGAUUGAGAUAAAGUAAAGAUUGAAGAUAACUGUUUUAUUUUCUUAAAAAUGUGAAAAUUGUUUGUGCUGAAUUUAUCACAGCUGAUGUAAAUUCCCUCUUGCAUGCAAUAUAAGAAUGAUGAAGAGC